GGCGCACCUUCGAUUCUAUCUCGACCCCAACUUCGUCGCAAGACUAUCAACCUCAUACCACAGCUUCUCCAGCUUCUGGGAUGUUUGCCCGGACCAUGCUUUAAGUGUUGUCCCAUUGUCUUUCCCGAGUAACAUCCCACGCUAGCUUUCACAUCAUGGCCGCGACCCAACCCCGGCCGUAUAGGCGCAUUUUGACCUCGUCGCUGCACCGGCGUUUCGUUCAUGCCUCUGCGCUUGCUCUCUUGGUCUGUUAUGGCAUUGCAAUUGCGAUCGGUAACAAGACAUCGUUCUUUUGGUCAUGGUUCCCCAUCGGUUCCUGUGGAAUUCGCGCCGUCCUUCUGUUCAUCUCCUCGUUCGUCAUAUUCGUCCUCCGGGUUGGCCAAAUGCACCUCGGAUCGAGGACCACAACAUCCUCGCUCGCAACCUUGAAAUAUCUCUUCCCUCUUCAAGUCGUGCAGACCUUCGCUUGGUAUCUGUUUUCGGCAUGGUGGUUCACUGAGAUUUACAUUUGGUCUUCUUCGACCGGUGCGCACCUGCAGAUGGUGAAUCGCGGCAGGCCUCAUGAACGCCCGCAUCUGAACGAGAGACCUAUCUACAUCCACAGCUUUCAUUUGAUCUUGGCGUGUGUACAAGCCGCAUGCCAUCUCUAUUACGACUACGACAGCGUCCCUAUCCCAGUUGUUAAGCGAGCGCCGAAGUCAGACGAUCAGCGAACACACCCCGUUCCCCCUACUUCUAAGCAUAUCCAGAACACCUUGCCGCAGAUUGUUAUCACUGGUCUCACAAGAACCGCCACUGUGGCCGCUAUCACUCCAGUGGUGUACCGACUGUUCCUUCGACAGAGCGCGUGGAGCUGGUCUUUAUACUUUGCGAAGCUCUUUUGGAACUUCCCUCGAUCUGCAUCGGAGCCCGAAUCAUUCUUUCCCCCGGGUUUCUUACUCUUGGUUCUUCGUUCUUGGUUUUCGGGCUCUCUCCUGGUCUUGUGUUGGCAAUGCACCAAUCUCUUCUUUUCGGUGUUCAUUGGAAAGGAGCCUCUGAAGCGUGGCCAGCCGCUUACGAGUGAAACCAAAGACCCCAAUGGCAGUCUGAUCAACGGUUUGAAAGCGAAGAAGCCAGUUGUGAAAUCAUUCGCGCUUUGGGAGCUCAGCCUUAUCAGCCAGCGACAACCCGAACGCCGUAAGGCUAUCUUCAACGAGAUUGACCGUGACAACGGCACGACUUGGUCUCAAACUCUGGAAUGCCUGACAGAUGUCAUCAAGGGCAUUAGUGCGCGGAUCGAUGCCAGCAAGGCCCCUGCCCCUGGUGCCAAACCAUCGGCACAAACAACAGCCACCCAGCCUACUCUCCAGACGUUGCCUCGACUCACGGACGCCCCGAAGACUGAAAAUGUUUUCGCAGAUUCACCAAAGGGUGUCUCGCGCCAGGAGCAGUUUGGCGAUGCCUUUUCCGCGGCUGCGAAGUCUUACGGUCAGUCACCAGACUGGACACCCCAAGCGCGAGCCCGUGCUCGUCAGGUGCUUGACCGGGCUUCGUCUGCUGUCCUCAGCCCCGAACGCAAAAAGAGAAUCAUGGCGUCCUCCGAGGAGCUAAAGCUACUCACUGGAGGUCCCUCUGCCACUUACAAACCUGAAAAUGUUCACCCAGUGCUGGCACAGUUCCUCCGCUCCCCCAUUGGUCAAUUCUUCCGUCAGUCGUAUGCACAGCGCGCAUCUAACAUCGUUCUUGGGGGCCCUGAGUCAUCUCUGAGCUCCAUUGUCGAUGCAAUUGAUUGUUUGACCCGGCUUUUGAUCGCUAGUUUGGCAGAAGAUCAGUAUGGCAAGGUCCAAGCUGACGUUCCGUCUGUGAUUCGUCUUCUGACCACCACUAUCGUGUCCCUGGAGGCGUUUGUCCACCAGGGCGGCUUGGAUGCUCACUGGACAGAUGUCAACUUCCCCUCGUCAAGUCAGCCAGAGGCGCAAGCGGAAGCCCGCCGGGUCCCCGAUGUGGAUCUCGUGCUUGAUACGCUGAAGAGCGGUCUUGGUGACCUGCUGACAUCCUUCAAGCCCUACCUACGGGAUAUCGGGCUCGCAGGCAAGGACCUCAGGCUAGCGAAGGAGGCUGCUGGCAUCGACACGGAAGAGUCAUGA